AUGGCAGGUCGAGGGCAUGAGGAUUUGAGAAGGGUGGUGGAGAUGCUGCGUCUAGAUCGCAUGGAGGAGCAGUUCCGGCUGCUGCGCGCCAGCACCCUGCUUGCGGAGCUCCGGUCCGCCGUCUCGCUCGUCCAGACCCACGACACGGUCUCCAGCGGGUCCAGCAGCAGCCUGAAGCUCAUCUUCUGCGUCCGGUCUCUGGCCGCUCCGUUGCGCGACCUGCUGGAAGCAGUGCUGCAGCACACGGAGGUGGGAGCCCGGGUGCGAAGAGCGGCAGGAGAGGAAUGGCGUCAGGGAUGGCCUCGAGAGCCAAUGGUGGGGAGAUCGGAGCUGCUGGAGAAGAUGGUUGGCACAUUGCUCAGCGACAGGACUGGCUACCGUGCGCUGCUGAUGGUGCCCAUCGUCGGGGGUCCUGGUGUUGGGAAGACCCGCAUCGCCAAGGCCAUCCUGGACGAUGCCAGGAUCAAGCACAGGUUCCCCGUACGCCUCGUGGUGCCAGUCGCGCAGGACUCGUGCCUCGAAAGGAUCCUCAUGCUCAUGGUCUCCCCGGACCGGCGGGCGGACGUCACCUACUCUCUAGAAACUAUGGCGAAGCACAUUGACCGCAAGCUAAGCGGGGGGAGCUACCUGAUUGUUCUGGAUGACGUGUGGAGUGACAACGAAGGCAAGUGGCAGGAAAUAGGCACCGUGGUGAACACCAUGCCUUCCAAUGGCGUCCUGGUCCUCACCACCCGGACCCCCGAUAUCGCAUCCAAGCUUGCCACCAUGGCAGACAUUCCUUAUACCAUCAAGCCCUUCUACCUGCAUCCUCUGGGACAGGAGUUCUCCUCCUCCUUCGUCGACAGAUGGAUAGCUACUUGCCAUGGUGAUUGGCAUGCUGAUGAGCUCAGUUUUCUGCCAACCCUGGAUCUGCAAUUCUGGCAAGGAUUAUUUCUCCAGGACGACAUAGGCGGCGACAAUAGGAUUAUUCAUCCAGACAUGUUCCAGCAGGAGCUACCGUUGUGCAUUGACCUCCUUCCAUCUGACAAGUUCUGGCAGCGAUUCCUGGCGCAUUAUUCUCGUGAUGAAUUCUUCCCGGAUGGAAAUGUACUCUUACAGAGUGCUUCUGCUAGCUACCAACAUCUCCCAGCUGACCUGCAAAGCUGCUUCUUGUAUUGCUCAGUCUUCCCUUCAGACUACGACUUUGAUGUCGAAGAGUUGGCGGAUCUUUUAGCAGCUGAUGGAAACAUACCACCUGUUGUAGCGAAAGCCCAACGGAAAGGAUUCCUGCAGCAGCUCCUAGACGAGUGCUUCUACCCGAUGCAUGGACAUGAAUAUGGAGACAAGCAUACGUUUAGGAUGCACAAGGUGCUGCACAUCUUUGCACAAAACAUGGAUAGGCGAUUCAGCUCAAUUCUAAGGGUUCACCAUGCAAAUCAGGUCACUGAUCCUAAAGUUGAAGCUCAAAGUACUAUUCGACGUAGCUCGUUAAUUGUUCACCCUUUGGCUGCAUCAUUUCCUAGAAGCUUGCUUGCAUGCAAAGAUUUAAGAGCACUGAUACUUCUUCAACAAGGACCAAUGUGCCCACCUGACCAGCUGCGAUGUGAGAUCACUGAGAUACCUCAAGAAUUUCUACAGUCAUUUAAGAGUAUGCAUACCUUGAGUCUCAUAGCUACUAAGAUCAGGAUUCUACCUGCUAAAUUUAUUCAGCCCCACCACAUGAAAUAUCUCAACCUUUCACAAACAGAUAUUGAAAACAUCCCCAGUGCAAUCUCCAGGUUUCCGUUUCUUCAAACACUCAUACUUUCAUACUGUGAUAAACUCCAAAAACUGCAUCCCAACACAACCAAACUGACACUUUUACAGAAGCUGGACCUUGAAGGCUGUUGCAAUCUUAUUGAACUGCCUCGAGACAUGAGUAAAAUGAAGAGCCUUGAAUAUCUAAAUGUUACAGAGUGCUCAUCGCUCACUCAACUGCCGUGUGGGAUGGGCCAACUGAAAAGCCUUCAAAUGUUAUUGGGUUACAUUGUGUCCUACACUGAUGGAAGUUCAAUGUCAGAGUUGCAACCAUUGGCAAACCUCCAUAGGUUAAGUCUGCAAAGCUUAGAAAAGCUCGAGUCGUUUUCAAUCCGGUGGAAUAUGGAUGGCACAAAUAACACUACACUAGCUUAUGCAGUACUUGAAUCUCUCCGACCUCACCGAUGUCUUAAAGCACUGGAGAUCGUUGCGUAUGAAGGGAACUAUCUUCCAUCCUGGAUGACAAGCACUGAACCAUAUCUCGAGUUCCUUGUGGAGGUGAAGCUAAUUAAUUUGAGGUCAUGUGAAACACUAUUGCCUUCACUGGGAUUACUACCAUGUCUGAAGAUUGCUGAAAUAAGUGGAGCUGAAACUGUCUGCAGUGUCAGUGCAAAUAUCUAUGGCCACAGAGGCGCAUUUCGUUCGUUGGAGAAACUAACUUUCUCUUAUAUGCAUAACCUUGAAGUCUGGGAGCAGGCGCAGUGGUCAGGUAUGUUUCCACGUCUUGCAGAAUUGGCAAUCAUCCAAUGCCCCAAAAUGAGAGCAUUGCACAUGGAGCUCCCAUCACUUGAAAAGUUGAUCCUUUGGAUGAACAACAAGGUGCUGUAUAACCAGAAAGGAACCUUGCAAGGUGUGGCUAAGACCCUGGAGCACAUAUCGAUUUCCUUCGGCGAAGAGCUGCUAGCUUCUUCGGGCUGCGAGGCCCUGCAGGAUCUUGAUGAGCUCACAAAGCUGGAGAUAUGUGGGUGUGAAGAGCUGACGUGUCUUCCACAGGGUUUGCAGCGUCUUUCAUCCAUGAGAAGCUUGACGAUUGACAACUGCAGAAGACUGGAGGCAUUACCAGAUUGGCUGGAGAACCUACCUUCUCUUCAAAUCAUACGCUUGUCAGGCUGUCCUCUGUUGCAUUACAUUCCUAGAGGGUUGCAACAACGUCCUGGUGUCAUUAUAUAUGUUGAGGACUGCCCCAAUUUAAUACAAGAUCAUCUUCCCAAUUUCUCAGCACAAUCAUCAGGAGAACCUGUUGGUGCUCGAGUCAACAAGGGGAAAGAAAUCGUCCAAGAUUAG